ACCAAUUGGAGCUGCGAUUAUGAGCUGAUGGAGCUGGACACCUCCCAAUAUCCGUUUCCAAACAAACUAUGGCACAUCAAACCGGCCAAAGAAGUUGCAAUAAAGACAACUGCAAUGGUAAUUGUGGGCGUCACUGGAAUAUUCCUGAAUUCCAUAAUCAUAACCAUCCUCCUGAAGAACAAAUGGCUGUGGACUGCAAGCAACUACCUUAUCGGGAAUUUAGCGUUUAUUGAUUUGAUAACAUUGAUAUUUUGCCCCUGGUUCAUGCUUGUUCGGGACUUUCAUCAGAACUAUGUUUUAAAGAAUUUCGGCUGCAGAUUUGAAGGGUUCCUGCAAGCAUCUCUACUCUUGGCUGGUGUAGCAGCAGUAAUGCUUGUCUCCUACGACAGAUUAGCCGCAGCCACUUUAACUGCUGAAGCAAGAAUAACCAAAAAUGUGGCACCGAAGCUUAUUAUUGCAUCAUGGGUCAUACCGAUGGGGUUAUCACUACCUUGGAUUAUAAAAAGAAAAUAUAUCGAACGCCAAUGGCUUGAUUUCCUUGAAACAUUUUGUUUUGAGGAACGGAAAGUACUUGGCAUAUACUGGCACUGCAUCGUCAUACUACUUGUUUGGAUACCUCUUGGCGUUAUGAUACUCACUUACGGUGCAAUUAUCUGGAGAUUGGAGAGAAGCGCUCGCGAACUUUUAUCCCGUGGUGGUGGUCAAACUGUAACCCAAGCUAGGGGCAAAGCUAUGAGAAUGACUGCUUGUAUCCUCCUUGCCGCAGCGGUGUGUAGGAUACCGUAUACAGCAAUGGUGUAUUGGAGAAAUAAUCUACCACAGGAAGUCAAUUCGGUCGAAGGAGGUUUUGAUAUAUUGUGGUUUAUAGCUAGUUACCUCAUGUACGUGAACUGCGCUAUCAAUCCACUUAUCUAUGGUUUCACUAACACCAGAUUUCGAAGAGCCAUGGAUCGUACCCCAGGUGUUGCGUGCUUCAAAUUUGGUACAUGGUGCUGUGCUUGUGCAAUGGUUGUCAAAAAGAAACAAUCUCUACAACACAACAAUGUUGAAAAAAUAUUUGUCGUCAUCGCCAGUCCAAGACCAAAACGAAAAAUAUCUAGAGUAGUCAAAAAUAUUCUACAUAUAAAUAAACAGAGCGUAGAGUUGAGUAUUGCCAAAGUUGAUGAAGCGUCUACCAAACCAACCAAAGUUACACCCCUGAAGAAUGAACAAUUAGAUUCUAAAGUAAACGAUGUUGAGUUUAUGGAUCAAGGAAUAGAAAAUACCAGAAGUGAAAGAAUAGUAAUUAAUGAAGAAAAUAGUAAUUUGUAA